UAUAAUAAUAAUAAUAAUUUUUUUUUUUCUCUCCUUUCUUUUCUUAUACUUUAAUCUUUAUUUAUAUACAAAAUUUUAUAGAUUAAAUAUUAAUUUUAGCAAUGAAUGACGAAGAGAAAAGAUGGCGAUUUGCACAAUGCUUUGGUGAUAAAGGAGAUUCAGAUGACAUUACUGAGGCUGAUAUUAUUUCAGCAGUUGAAUUUGACCACACGGGUGAUUAUUUAGCUACAGGUGAUAAAGGUGGCCGAGUAGUUUUGUUUGAACGCAAUGAUGGAAAAAAAGGGUGUGAAUACAGAUUUCAUACAGAAUUUCAAUCUCAUGAACCAGAAUUCGAUUAUUUGAAAAGUUUAGAAAUUGAAGAAAAGAUUAAUAAAAUAAAAUGGUGUAGAAGAACCAAUUCCGCACAUUUCUUGUUAUCAACUAACGAUAAAACAAUUAAGCUUUGGAAAAUAUAUGAAAGAAGUAUAAAGGUCGCCCAUGAAAAUAAUAAUAAUAAUAAUAGCAUUACACCAAGAAGCUUAUAUAUACCAAAAAUAUCGCAUCAAGAUAAUAUCAUUGCCGCUGUUCCUAGAAGAAUUUAUGCUAAUGCUCAUGCGUACCACAUUAAUUCGAUCUCAGUUAACUCGGAUGGCGAGACUUAUAUCUCUGCUGAUGACCUUAGAAUUAAUCUUUGGAAUCUUGAUAUAUCUGAACAAAGCUUUAAUAUCGUGGAUAUUAAACCUGCAAACAUGGAGGAAUUAACAGAGGUUAUUACUGCUGCUGAGUUCCAUCCUCAGCAAUGCAAUUUACUUAUGUAUAGUAGUAGCAAAGGCACCGUGAAAUUAGCUGAUAUGAGAGAGUCUGCAUUAUGUGAUCAAAAGGCUAAAGUAUUUGAAGCAUAUGAGGACCCAAAUAGCCGCUCAUUCUUUUCUGAAAUUAUUUCAUCUAUAUCUGAUGUUAAAUUCAGUCCUGAUGGUAGAUAUAUUCUUGCUCGUGAUUAUUUAACACUUAAACUUUGGGACAUUAAUAUGGAGUCAAAGCCGGUACAAACUAUCAACAUUAACGAUAACUUGCGUAGUAGCUUAUGUGAUUUGUAUGAGAACGAUUGUAUCUUUGAUAAGUUUGAAUGUAUAUUUAGCGGUGAUGGAAAGAGUGUAAUGACAGGUUCAUAUAGUAAUAAUUUCUCAAUUUAUAACCGUGAAACAGGAGAUGAAGUUCCACUUCAAGCAGAUAAGAGUAUUUUCAAAGCAAAACGCUUAGGUUCUGCAAAGAAUAAAUUAAAUUUAGGACGUAAUAAUAAUGGUAAACGAGAUGAUAUGGAACCAAUUGAUUUCAAUAAAAAGAUAUUACAUGCAUCAUGGCAUCCAAGGGACAAUGUUAUUGCUGUUGCCGCUACUAACAAUCUCUUCAUUUUUGCCGAAUAAAAUAAUACAUUUACUUCUCUCUCUUUCUUUUUUCUUUUUUUUUUUUCC